AUGGCAAUUACGUUCACGUAUUUAAUCAGUCGACGUUUUCAUCUGGGCAUAGCUGCUAUUGUUGCUAUGUUUGUAUCUCAGACCAAUGAUGUAGCAUUAGCUUAUCCUAUACUCUAUGCUCUUUUCCCUGAUUUGGCUAGUUAUAUUUAUUUAUUUGCGCCAAUCCAACUGAUUGUUCUUAAUCCAUUCGCUUAUUUUCUAUUGGAGCUAGAACGAGUCAGACUAACUAAUAGUGAGCUUAAACCGUUAAUUCAUAGUGAAGAUAGUGAUAUUGAUAGAAGACAAUUAAUAGAUGGUAAAAGCUCGAAUUCAGUCCCACCAUGUGGUCGAUGCCAACAAUUGACACAGGUUAUGUUCAAUGUUCUCAAGAAUCCUUUAAUUUUCAUGACUUUAAUUGGUAUCAUUUUUAAUCUUAUAUUGAAGCACCAUUUACCAGUGUAUAUAAAUGGCUUGCUCAGUGUUAUAGCUGACUCCUUCGGUGCGACUGCUUUAUUUUCACUCGGUUAUGGUAUGGUUGGCAAAAUGUCUACCAUCACUCAAAGAGAAGCUUACAUUUUGACAACAAUCCUAUUGACAAAACUUUUGAUUGUUCCUUUUAUUACACGUGAACUUGUUGUUCAAAUGAUGCCUAUUGCAUUGGCUAAUGAAACAUUACGUUAUUCUACAUUUGGUUUCUUGUAUGGUACUACACCGACAGCCCCACCUGUGUUCUUAUUUGCUGCUGAAUAUCAAGUUAUACCUGUGGCCAUCGGUAUUGGUCUUGUCUUGGGAACAUUCCUAUGUGUGCCAAUUAUGUUUAUUUUUGCACGUAUUAUUACAUUGUACAACGCAGAACCAAGUGAUUAUGCAAGUAUACUUGGUACAACUGUUGAAGAUAUUUCUUGGAUUAGUAUUGUAUGCUGUAUUUGGACAUUGGGUGUACUUUGUGUUAGUCGAAAAGCUAUUCGAGUUCCUAAUCGAUUCACAUUAUGUCAUUUAAUUUGUGUGCUAUUCACUUGUACUGGAUUAUUACUUGGUCGUUUCGUAAAUUAUUAUUAUUAUGGUAUUGAAGAAAGUGUAAACGGUGGAAAAUUGAGUCAACCAAUACGUUGGUUAAAUUACUUGCAUUUUGCAAUAUUCUUUUUUGGUUCUACGGGUACACGUUGUUGGACCACAUUAAUCGCAUUAGUUCUUGUUAUGGAACGUGCACGUAGUCUAUGCUUUGUAUUACGAUAUCAAUUGCAUAUUUACUUAGCUGGCUUCUUAACACCUGCAGUUGUCACUGGCCUACUACUGUUAACAUCAUUUGGUCAUAUGGUGAAAGAUAUCGAUCCGAUUUUUCAAUGUGGUACUAAUCAACUGAUUAUAUCAAUCGUAGUUUUGAUAGUUAAUGCAUCUGGUACUUUAGCCUGUUUAAUCAGUUUUAUACGAAUCGAUGUUCCUGUGCAAGAUUGUUAUGAGAUUAAAGCAUCACCAGAUGUAGCAGAAGGAAUAUUUCGUUCACAACUUUGUCGAAAUUUUAACGAUUUUGACAAAAAUGAUACCAAUCAAACACAACAGUCUCAACAAACUUCUCCGAGUAAUUCAAUCAUUACAGACAGUUAUCGAAUCACUAGAAACAGUGAUGAUUCCGAGUUACUAAGUUGUAGAAAUCCACAAAUUCCACAGUCAUGUGAUUCUGCGAAAUUCUGUAAUCAAUGUGAUAAGAAACAACGAAAAGAAUGUGCCAAAAUUCUUGCACGAUAUUGUGGAACAGAUCAACCUUCCAUGAUAUCGUCAACAUCAGCUACGCAUCCAAUAACUCAACAAAUUUCUUUAGGACUUGAGUUGGAUAAUGUUCAUGCCCAGGGAAACAAUAAACCUCCACACCAUAAACAUGUGAUAUUCUUAAUAUUAAUAUUAGUUACAAUGUUUCUUGGUAUUUGUCUGUGUACUUGGAGGCUUGUACAUGAUGCUCCAACGGGUGUUUACAUAGUUCUCGAAUUUUUGGAUGGUUCUUUUAAUUUUGGUCAAGGUGUAGUUUUAUUUGUAUUAUUUGGUCUGGAUGCAGAUUUGUUUAUUGUGCCGAUAAAACGUUUUUUAUCACGUUGGUUUAGUCAUUUCACCAGUAAACAAUUCAAUGGAAGUUUUAAUGAAGCUUUGCAUCAGACAACUGUUGAUAAGAGUAAAAUUGAUAAAAUAGUGAAUCAGUUUGUGAAAUUUCAUCUAAAAUCAUGUUCAACAAAUAUUGGUACUGGGAAAAUAAUUAAUUCAAUUCACUACGAACAAAUAUUUUAUCAGUACACCCUGGAACAAUGGUUAAUUGACGCCGGUAUCACUGAUUCCAAUGAAGAGACAUUAUGUUAUAUAGAAUGCCUUGAAUUAGGUAAUAUUAUAACGUGUAUCAGUCCUAUGACAAAUGAAUCAUUUAUAAAUAAAGAUACAAUGACUACAAUAUCAAAUACAAAACGCUUGUUAACAUUCACUACUUAUGCUUGGGGUUUACAUAAUAUAAGUUACUAA